AUGGCCUACAGCUGCUGCUCUGGAAACUACUCCUCCCGCUCCUUUAGGCGCUGCCUGCCCUCAGGAUCCUCCUGUGGCUCUUCCUACCCCAGCAACCUGGUCUACACCACCACCAGCUGCUCUCCCAGCACCUGCCAGCUGGACUCCUCUCUCAGCAGUGGCUGUCAGGAGACCUGCGUUGAGCCCACCAGCUGCCAGAGGUCCUGUGUGGUGUCCAGCCCCUGCCAACUGCCCUGCUACUACCCCAGGAGCUGCACACCGUACAGUCCCUACCAGGGGACAUAUGCUGGGUCUCUGGGCUUUGGGUCCAGCAGCUGCCGUUCCCUGGGCUAUGGAUCUAGAAGCUGCUACUCCAGGGGCUGUGGAUUCAGUGGCUUCAGAUCUCUGAAUUACGGAGUCCACAGCUUUCCUUCCAGAUAUUUCAGAUCCACUGUCUGCAGCCCACUCUUUAUUCCUUCUAGGGGUUUCUACUCUUCUUGUUACCAGCCAUUCUAUACAUCUCGCUUCUGUUGA